UGGAGUAUGGAGCAAUUGUUUGUAUAAGUUUGCGCAGAUGAUCAGCGUUUUUUUUGUUUGUGUUGGCUUGGGUUUGAGCACUGGCUCCAGCUUAUGAAUGCUGCUCUCCCCGGUUCUGCUGCUUCCCCGGACGACGAUGCCACAGUGGAUGUUGCCGGAGUGGUAGUCAAGCUGCCCAACGUGCCCGAGGAAGCGCGCCUGGGCUGCGAGGACGUCACGGGCUUCCAGCUGUGGCACGCCGCGACGCGGGCGGCCGCGCAGGAGCUGCGGCCGCGGGAAGGGAGGCUGUUGCUGGAGCUGGGCUGCGGCCUGGGCGCGUUGGGCAGCAGCUGCCGCGGCUUCGUCGUGCUGACGGAUAAGGAGCUGCCGGUUUUGCGCCUGGCGCAGCGCACUGGCCACGCCAGCGGCGCCCGUUUCGACGCCGUGGCCUUCGACUUCACCCGAGGACGACAACCCUGGCGCAGCGGUUGUUUUGACACGGUGAUGGCAGCGGAUGUGCUGUUCAUGGAUAGGUUGGCGGAGCCCCUCUUCAACGCCUUUGCCCACCACGGCUUGGGCACGGUGGGGGUGCUGGGCCACCAGCGCCGGCGGGCCGUUUUCCGUGGCCCGGACGGACAGCCGUGUCUGGAGCCGGAGGAUUCUGCGCUGCAGAAGUUUCUGGAGCGGGCCGCCAGCCACGUGGUGCAGAUGACAGAGCACGAGGACGAGGAAAGCGUUGGCCUGGUCAUGGAGUGGCCCGCCAGGGCUGCCAAGCGCACGCGCCUGGAGUGAAGUGCAACGAGACCUUUCCUGCUGUCUUGCCAGCUCUCCAAUGGCGACGGUGAGUGCGCGGAUUUGCCCCAGAGUUUGAUGCGUGAUCCUCAUGUGAGACAGCUUGCCAGACAAUUGGAUUUGGUGAGGCCUGGUUUGAUGGCAGCUGCUUGUAUGUGUUCUGUCAAAUUAACUUUGUAACUUGGCAAGGUUUUGCCCUCACACGCACAUACGACUUGCGCGACCUUGUCGCACCAUUGAAGCGCUGGUCGGCCACUUGGCAUCGGUGCUACCCUCUGUGAAUGGAGGCUCACCAGUCGGCCUCGGCAGAAUGCAUCGCUGGCCGAUGGACGCCACACGUGUGGCAAAUGAAUCAGCGCGUUGUCGCUUUGAAAAGCGCUGGUGGAUUUCUACCCUGGCUGAUGUGGCUGGUGAAUGUCGU